AUGGCAUCUCUGGGAUUAUCAAAAGUCUUUAUUUUGGAUAAAUAUUUUACGGAGCUGCAGAAAUUUUGGGAGACGGAGAAGAAGUUGCAAGAUGCAUCAUCGACACCGGAGGCCGUUCACCUGCAACAACGUCUCAAAAGUUUGAGUUCCGAACUUGUCACGCUGCGAAAAAGUCUCGAUCAACAACCGCCGCCCGCCAAUGUGCUUUCUAUGAGCAACAAUCAAACGCCACAUCACAACAACAACAACAACAAUACUCUGAAUUCGAACAAUUUGAAUCAUAAUAACAAUAAAACCAACAGUGCCAAUAAUAAUAACAAUAAGCGCAACAAUCACGAGUACAUCAAUCCGCACUUGGAAUUUAUUGAUGCGCUGCACAAAUUGGGUCCCACACUGAACGCGAAACUGUCCAAAAGUUCAAAAUCUGUUAAUUCGGAGAACAUUAACACUCUUAAUGCCAACAACUUAAACGAUGAGACUGUAGUACCAAAUAGUAAUAAUAAUAGCACUAAUCAUACGAAUAAUGGGCCGCAAUUCAAGCAAAACAAGCAAUCGCCAUACAUUACAGGUGUAAAUAACGGCAGCAACAAUGACACGUACGAGCAUAUGGAAUUGCAGGCACCCCCGAUGCCAUUUGUCCUCACGAAUGAAGAUGCCUACGGCAUUGAGGACUUUAUACAUUUACCAGGGCCCUUGACGGAGGAUGCAGUAGUGCGUGUUUUGCACACGCGUUUCAAGGAAAAUAAAUAUUUUACAAAUAUUGGUCCAAUUCUUCUUGCCCUCAAUCCGUACACAGAUGUUGGUAAUCCCCUAACUCUGUCGUCGACGCGAAAUGUCCCGCUCGCUCCCCAGUUGGAACAAGUUGUGCAAGAUGCCGUAAGACAACAAGCUGAAACCGGCUAUCCACAAGCAAUAAUUCUCUCGGGAUCAUCCGGUUCUGGAAAAACGCAAUGUUCGAUGUUGCUGUUGAGGCAAUUGUUCGCCAUCGCAGGAGGGGGUCAAGAAACGGAUGCUUUUAAACAUUUGGCUGCUGCUUUCACCGUACUACGAUCCUUGGGAUCCGCUAAAACGACAGAAAAUUCAGAGUCGAGUCGUAUUGGUCAAUUCAUCGAAGUACAAGUAACAGACAUGGCUCUCUACCGUACAAAAAUCCAUUGUUACUUCUUGGAUCAGACGCGUGUCACGCGCCCGCUGCCCAACGAGAAAAACUACCACAUUUUCUACCAAAUGUUGGCUGGAUUGACACACGAAGAGCGCAUUCGUCUCCAUCUCACGGGCUACACCUUCAAAAGUUUCAAUUAUUUGCGCGAUGGCGACACGUAUUGCGACAUCAAGGAAGACGCCGCGCGAUUUCAAGCAUGGAAAACGUGUUUGGGCAUCUUGGGCAUUCCCUUUUUGGAUGUCGUACGUGUCCUGGCUGCCAUAUUAAUUUUAGGAAAUGUUCGUUUUGUCGACGGGCAAGAAGGCGAAGUGAAAGUUGACGGCGAAACAGAAUUGAAUUCGGUUGCGACACUUUUGGGCAUUUCAGCAACGGCACUUUUCCAUGGAUUGACGACAAAAACGCACAAUGCACGCGGGCAAUUGAUCAAAAGUAUUUGCGAUGCCAAUAUGUCGAACAUGACGAGAGAUUCGUUGGCAAAAGCUUUGUAUUGUCGGACUGUUGCUACGAUUGUGAGACGUGCAAAUAGCUUAAAAAGCCGCUUGGGAUCCACUUUGGGUACCUUGAGCUCCGAUUCUGACAAAUCAAAUGAGUCUGUUCACAAUCAACUGGAGAUCGCAAGUCAACAUGCAAGUGUCCUCAGUGGUAAAGCAGGCUCCAAAUCGAUGACGGCGUUGAAUAAUUUGGUCAAACAUGCCACAACUGACGGAUUUAUCGGAAUUCUCGAUAUGUUUGGAUUUGAAGAGCCCCGUCCCGCACAACUCGAGCAUUUGUGCAUUAAUUUGACAGCGGAAACGAUGCAGCACUUUUACAACACUCACAUUUUCAAGAGCUCCGUCGAGUCAUGUCGCGACGAAGGCAUUUUAUGCGACGCUGAAGUCGAUUAUGUCGACAAUGUGCCAUGUAUUGACCUCAUUUCGUCUCUUCGUACGGGUUUGCUCAGCAUGCUCGAUGCGGAAUGUGUCACGCGCGGUAAUGCCGAAACGUAUGUCGCUAAAAUUAAGGUGCAACACAAAAAUGCCGAACGUUUGGAGCAUCAUCACACAAGCGAUACCUUCGAUCCACGUACUUUUGUCAUUCAUCAUUUUGCGGCGCGCAUCGAAUACGAUGCCACACACUUUUUGGACACGAAUCGCGACAUAAUUUCCGACGAUUUGGUCUCCGUUUUCUACAAACACACGUGCAAUUUUGGCUUUGCCACGCAUUUAUUCGGCACGGAGCUAAAAGCUUUGUACACGCAAGACUUGGUACCGCGUGGUUUGAGUUUCCGCAUUGCCCCGACAUCGCAUACAGACUUGCUAAAUGGCAGUGAACCCAUUUCCACGUUGACCCAGGACUUCCAUACACGUCUGGAUAAUCUCUUACGUACUUUGGUGCAUGCUCGUCCUCAUUUCGUGCGAUGCAUAAAAUGUAAUUCGCAGGAAACGGCGAAUAAAUUUGACCGUGGAACGAUUGUCAAGCAAGUGCGGGCCUUGCAAGUGUUGGAAACGGUGAAUCUCAUGUCGAAUGGAUUCCCGCAUCGGAUGCGGUUCAAGCAGUUUGUGUCGCGUUAUCGGAUGCUUGCGCCAUUCCGCAUGUUGAAACGGUGCGAGGAGAAGGCUUUGGAUGAUUGCAAGUUGAUUCUUGACUACGCGAUUGAGAUUCAGCCGACGCAUGAUUGUGUCCUUGCUUGGGCUCCCGGGAAGCGUCACAUUUUCUUGAGUGAAGCCAUUCGUCAGCAUUUGGAAAAGUUGAGGACAGACACGAGAAUUCGCAGUGCCACACUCAUUCAAGCGACGUGUCGUGGAUUUUUGCUACGAAAACGCUUCAAUUUGCGGCGUAAUCGACCAACGCUUUUGUCGUCAAAUACUCUUGCCAAGCGGAAUAAUGUGAAUCGUCAAUCAUAUCCGUUCCACAACAACACAGCUCCUCCAACAAGACCCCGUCCGCAACCAAUUACGGGCACACCUCCUCCAAUCGAGAACGAGAAAAUGGAUGCAAAAGUCAUUCAACAAACUUGCACCUUAUUUGGACUCGAUUUGGAACGCCCUCCUCCAGUCCCCAAAUCCCGUUCGUACACCGUAGCUGGCAACACAAAGCUCGGCUAUCCCCAAAUACGUGCCAUGAAAAUGAAUUUUCCCGAAAAUCCCGAGCAAGGAGGCGAACAACUACUCAAAGGAGAAAAAGUUCAAGUGACCGGAGCCUCGCAUCGUCGCGGGCAUUUGGUUGUCGAGCACAAAGGCUUCCAAUUUCACGUGCCUUUCCAAUAUAUGGAGUUGCUAAGUAACACAAACGGAAGUAUUCACGAUCAGUUUGGAUCGACAGACAAUAUUUAA